CGAACCAACUCUCAAGUAAUAUAAAAUUGAGGAAAUAGAGAGUGGCGGCUCGACAAUGAACCCUAACCAAACUAUACAAUCUAUUCAAAUGUUAAAUAAUACCCAGCGUAACUUCCAAUGGAAUGUGGACUACGAAUGGACCAUCCACAUCUUUCCACGCCUACUGUUUCUUACUUCUGUACAAGGAGAUAAGACAAUUAAGAGGUACAACAACAAGAACCAAAACAAAAGAUUUGACAUAAAUCAAACCUCAAAUUCUACAGAAUCCAUGGCUAUUCGAAGUGGGUUUAACCAAGGAACCAAAGCAUUAGUAUUUUUCAUGGCCACACUGCUCAUAUGGAUUGUCUCAGUUUUAUGGGAAAUACUAAUUAACAAGCGCAAGGAACUUGUUGCUAUCAUUCUUGGUUUCAUUUUCUACCAAUCAGCCAAUUGGAUCAUCCGCAAAUCGAUGCGAAAUCGUGAUCCUCUCUUCGUUAACACCUGCGUAUCUCUUCUGCAUUCAACCACUACAUCUGCUUCAGUGCUCUUCAUUUUGGUCAAUCAGUUGAUGGUUAACGUGAAUCACAUAUUUGAGCACGCACAGCUUGUUGAUCAUACAUGGCCAUGGGCGUAUACCUCUUUGUGUUUUUCGUGUGGUUAUUUUGCUUAUGAUCAGUUAGAUAUGCUGCUAUACAGAUUGUAUAGCGGAUGGAUUCCUUCUAUAUUAUUGCAUCAUUUUGUGCUUCUUGUAUGCUUCACACUUGCAUUGUAUCGAAAUGUUACCAUCAAUUACCUUAUCCUUACUCUCAUUUGUGAGCUGCAUUCUGUGUUUCUGCAUCUGCGUAAAGUGCGGAGGAUGGCGGGUUUUCGUGAUUCUAGUAGCAGCGUUUUUGUGAAAGUGGAAUGGGUUUUUAACUGGAUGACUUUUGUUCUAGCAAGAGUUGUGUCACAUGUUCUCAUUACUGUUAAGCUGAUACGAGAUGCAAACAAGUUUGACAAGGGUGGUAUAGAGCUCCCUCUUGCUCUUUUCGGCAUGGCUGGGAUGAAUUUGCUUAAUACUUUCUUGGGAAUUGAUCUCUUUAAAGCUUACAGGAGAGAGAUGUAUCCUCAGAGGAGUCGGCAAAGUCAUCAAGAUUGAUAAUUUCAAGUUGCCUAUGCUGAAAUGGAUAUUUGAAGGAAUUCGACUAAGAUCCAAUACAUUUGAAGAAGUUUCAAAGUCUUGAUCAAGAACCCUCUAAUAUAGAGUGUGUUUUAAUAAUUUUUUAAAGAGAUUUGAAUCCGGAGUGUAAAUAGGAUAUUAGGUCUUUCUUUUACGUGUGUUCUGGGACGGUGAAAGAUGAAGAGACUUUGUUUGUUAAGGGGUGUUCCGAACCUCUCAAUUGAAUUGUAUGUCAUAUUUCAAUGUAAAUCAUUUCAAAUAUUUGAAUGUAAAUCUAAUCAUCAGCUUCAAGUUUACAUAA